AUGAAAACUGAGAAUGUUGGAGAUGGGAGGAGAGUUUUUGAUGAGAUAGUUUCAGAAAAAAUAACGAAUGGUGAGAUCCCAACAGCAUUAAUGGAAGGUGUGACUGGCUUCGACACAGCGAGUAGCAGAAUCUAUAUCGUGAUUCAAUAUUUAGUAGUAGAACAUUUUGCACUGCCUUCAAUGGGCAUGAAAAACGCCUUGUCAUCUUCUACUGUCCAAUGGAAAUAUGAUGUUUUCAUCAAUUUCAGAGGAGAGGACACCCGCAACAAUUUUAUGGAUCAUCUAUAUAAUGCUUUGAGAGUGAAAGGAAUUAACUCUUUUAGAGACGAUGAGAAACUUGAGAGAGGAAAACCCAUUUCACUAGAGUUGUUGAAAGCGAUAGAAGAGUCGAGAUUUAGUGUUGUCAUUCUCUCAAAAGACUAUGCAUCUUCACCUUGGUGCUUAGAUGAACUUGCAAAAAUCAUUGCUUGCAAGGAAGACAUGGGAAUGAUAGUUUUGCCUGUUUUUCACUAUGUGGAGCCAUCUGAUGUACGGAAACAAAUGGGAACUUUUGCGUAG